GCAUAACGCAAUGCGCUGGCAGUAAUGCCCGAUGAACACGCAAUGAUCACGACAACGGUCUCCUUGAUCCCAUACCACCCGGUUUUGCUCGGGUCGAUUGGAAUCAACCUGCCGCAUGUUCCUUUGAUCGAAGACAUUGCAGCUCAUGGAGUCUUCAGCAGCUGCAAAGAGAGAACACUAUCGACAUCAUACAUGAUCCUGCACAACAUAAGAGCUUCUUAAACCAACGGGCCGGCCCUGGCAUGCAGCCAGCAAACUUUACUCCAAGCCAGAAUCUCGCUAAAGUACCUAUCUUACCGUAUUCGUUACUCUGACCUAAGCCUUCAUAAUGCUCCUGCCCCCGCUAGAUGUUGCAACAUAUCCAACAUUCAACAUGAGUCGUGGAGCCUACGCAAGUCGACCGCCUCGACCAUCCUCUAUAGUUUCGUCGACAUCAUCUUCCUCGUCGACCUCGUCACGAACAUGCACUGCUUCGCCAGACUUUCCGCGUAUACAGAAACUCAUCUGUGCUGUCUUCCGGUCCUCGAGGAUCACAGUGCAACAAGCAGAACGUUUACAGAGCCGAAUCCAUCAAGUAUACCUGACGAGGCUCGCAGACGAUAGUUCGCUCGUACUCAAGUGCCUACCCACAGCAAAUGUACGACUUCUCCGCCACGAGAAACACACCCUCGGAACCGAAGUCAAGACGCUAGAAACAUUGCACGAAUAUACCCAACUUCCAGUACCACGGAUCAUCAAGUAUGACAGCCAUGGUGGGCAUUUUGGCUCGCCCUUCCUCAUAAUGAGCCACCUUCCAGGACGCAGACUUUCUGAACUAUCACCACAUCUUACAACUGCCGAGCGAAGCGCAAUCGACCGAACGCUGGGCUCCUACGUCCGCAGCUUGACAUCACUCUCUGCAACGCAGUUCGGCAUGACACACCGAGUCUUCGAGCACAAAGGAUGCAAGUCAUGGCGAGAGGCAUUCCUCGCUCUUCUGGAAGCCGCGUUACGGGACGCUGAAGACAUGCUCGUCACAAUACCGUACGACAGUGUCCGCUACUAUGUCAGUAAACAUAGCCACGCCCUGGACGAGGUCACAGAACCGCGGCUAGUCGCCCUUGAUGUUUGUAGUCCGGACAACGUACUCAUUGAUGAGUAUACCAAGCGUGUCACUGGCCUCGUCGGUUUCUCAAACGUCAUCUGGGGCGAUGCACUCAUGAACGGAGGCAUUGCGAAUGGCACUAAAGCGUUCUUUGAAGGCUUUGGCGAGUGCCCUAUGCGAACUGGAGGCAUUAAGAUUAGGAUGUUCAUGUACACAAUCUAUCGCGCAAUACUGGCGGUUGUCGCGCAUCACUACCGUCCACACACCGGCAUGGAUGAGCUUGAGGUGCGACGCGAACUCGUAUGUGCACUCAACGAACUUGCACGAAUGUGAGUGUAUGCUCACCUUACGAUUCACGUGUAUUGGUACGACAUUGUAUCAGCAUUUCGCCUACCCUGGGCCUGGCAAGGAGACCUUCGAAAAAGACGUAUCACAUGGAUCUUAAACGACAGUUUUUUCAGCAACUCUUCAAGAACCGGCAAACCUUCUGCCUUCAGUGCGCAUAUCUUUUAGAAAAGUCUAGCGAGGGUAUUGCAUCUGGAAGAUACAUACAGAUCAGAGGCAAACAAACAUGUUAGCGAUUCAAUGAUCUAUGAAAUGCCCCUUCUCUACUCUAGCGGUAGUGUCAAAAUUGAA